AUGAGCGACAAGACGGCCCCGCGGUGCCAGUUGAGGCUGGAGUGGGUGCACGGGUACCGUGGACACCAGUGCCGAAACAACCUGUAUUACACGGCGGGGAAGGAGCUCGUGUACUUCGUUGCCGGGGUGGGCGUGGUCUACAACAGCCGUGAGCACACGCAGAAGUUCUACCUUGGUCACAACGAUGACAUCAUCAGUCUCGCCAUCCAUCCAGACAAGGUGCAGGUGGCCACAGGCCAGGUGGGGAAGGACCCCUACAUCUGCAUCUGGGACAGCUACUCCAUGCAGACCGUUUCCAUCCUGCGUGACGUUCACACGCACGGCGUGGCGGGCCUCGCCUUCGACUCCGACGGACAGCGGCUGGCGUCGGUGGGUCUGGAUGCCAAAAACACGCUGUGUGUCUGGGACUGGAGAAGAGGAAGGGUCCUGGCCACCGCCACCGGGCACUCGGACCGGAUUUUCGAUAUCUCCUGGGAUCCCUACCAGACCAGCAGACUGGUCACCUGUGGAGUGAAACAUAUCAAGUUCUGGACCCUGUGUGGGAACGCUCUGACGCCCAAGCGGGGGAUGUUUGGGAAGACCGGAGACCUGCAGACCAUCCUGUGUCUGGCCACGGCCAAGGACGAGCUCACCUUCUCCGGAGCGCUGAACGGAGACGUGUACGUGUGGAAGGGCCUCAACCUGACGCGCACCGUCCAGGCUGCUCACGGGGCAGGGAUCUUCAGCAUGCAUGUGUGUGAGGAGGGCUUUGCUACAGGAGGGAGAGACGGGUGUGUCCGACUCUGGGACCUGGACUUCAAACCCAUCACCAAGAUCGACCUGAGGGAGGCUGAGCAGGGCUAUAAAGGUCUGUCCAUCCGCAGCGUGUGCUGGCGGGCGGACCGGGUGCUGGCGGGGACCCAGGACAGUGAGAUCUUUGAGGUGAUGGUGCGGGAGCGGGACAAGCCAGUCUUGCUGAUGCAGGGACACAGUGACGGGGAGCUCUGGGCGCUUGACCUCCACCCCAAACAGGCGGUGGCAGUGACGGGCAGUGAUGACCGCUCGGUCCGACUUUGGAGUCUGUCGGACCACACGCUGCUCGCUCGCUGCAACAUGGAGGAGGCGGUCCGCAGCGUGGCCUUCAACAACGACGGCUCCCAGCUGGCCCUCGGCAUGAAGGACGGCUCCUUCACCGUCCUACGGGUCCGGGACAUGACAGAGGUGGUGCACAUCAAGGACCGGAAGGAGGCCAUCCACGAGCUGAAGUUCUCCCCGGACGGCUCCUACCUGGCGGUGGGCUCCAACGACGGCCCCGUGGACCUGUACGCCGUGGGCCAGCGCUACAAGAAGGUGGGCGAGUGCAGCCGCUCCUCCUCCUUCAUCACCCACCUGGACUGGUCCGUGGACAGCCGCUUCCUGCAGUCCAACGACGGCGCCGGCGAGCGCCUCUUCUACCGCAUGCCAGGUAACCGGAAGCUGCUCACCAAGGAGGAGGCCAAAGGGAUCCACUGGAUGACCUGGACCGGGGUGAUAGGAGCAGAGGUCAACGGGAUCUGGCCCAAAUACUCCAGCUCUAGUGAGGUCAACUCUGUGGACGCUAACUUCAGCAGCGCUGUGCUGGUUACCGGGGACGACCUGGGGCUGGUCAAACUGUUCCGCUUCCCUUGCCUCAAGAAAGCUGCUAAGUUCAAGAAGUACAUCGGCCACUCGGCCCACGUGACCAACGUGCGGUGGUCCAGCGACCUGCAGUGGGUGGUGAGCACCGGCGGGGCGGACCACGCCGUGUUCCAGUGGCGCUUCCUCCCCGAGGGGGUGAUGAACGGGGUGCUGGAGCCCCUGCUGCAGGAGGGAUACGCCGACUCCAACAGCGGAGAGUCGGACUCUGACGUCUCCGACGUUCCAGAGCUAGACUCGGACAUCGAACAGGAAGCUCAGACCAACUACGAUCGCCAGGUGUACAAGGAAGAUCUCCCUCAGCUCCGGAAGAAGCUGAUUGGCUCCCUGAAGCGGCAGAAAGCUCCGGAGGCGGGGCUACGGCUGCAGUUCGUACACGGGUAUCGGGGCUGUGACUGCAGGAACAACCUGUGGUACAGCCAGGGUGGGGAGGUGGUGUACCACGUGGCCGCGGUGGGCGUGGUCUACAACCGCCAGCUGCACAGCCAGCGCUUCUACCUGGCGCACGAUGAUGACAUCAUCAGUCUCACCGUGCACCCCCUCAAAGACUACGCUGCUACAGGACAGGUGGGACGGGACCCAGCCAUCCAUGUGUGGGACAUCCAGACUCUGAAGUGUCUCUCUCUACUGAAGGGACAUCACAGCAGAGGAGUGUGUGCCCUAGAGUUCACAGUGGAUGGGAAGACUUUGGUGUCAGUGGGCAUCGAUGAAGACCACUCCAUCGUGGUCUGGGACUGGAAGAAAGGAGAACGUUUGGCCAAAGCCAGGGGACACAAGGACAAGAUCUUUGUUGUGAAGAGCAACCCGUUCCGCAUGGAUAAACUCCUCACUGUGGGCAUGAAGCACAUCAAGUUCUGGCAGCACUCAGGGGGGGGUCUGACGUUCCGCCGGGGCAUCCUGGGGAGCCAGGGCGGGAAGCAGGAGACGAUGAUGUCGGCGUGCUACGGGCGCUCGGAGGACCUGGUGUUCUCGGGCGCCACCAGCGGGGACGUGUACAUCUGGCGCGACACCAGCCUGGUGAAGACCAUCAAGGCCCACGACGGACCCGUCUUCGCCAUGUGCUCCCUGGACAAGGGCUUCGUGACCGGGGGUCGCGACGGGGUCGUGGAGCUGUGGGACGACAUGUUCGACAGAUGUCUGAAGAGCUACGCCAUCAAGAGGGCGGCCCUGUCGCCUGCCUCUAAAGGCCUGCUGCUGGAGGACAACCCGUCCAUCAGAGCUAUCUCUCUGGGCCACGGACACAUCCUGGUGGGCACCAAAAACGGAGAGAUCCUGGAGAUAGACAAGAGUGGACCCAUGACCCUACUGGUUCAGGGUCACAUGGAGGGCGAGGUGUGGGGGCUCGCAGCUCACCCCCUCCUCCCUGUGGUUGCCACGGUGAGCGACGACAAAACGCUGCGGAUCUGGGAGCUGUCAGCCAAUCACCGCAUGGUUGCCGUGCGGAAACUCAAGAAAGGGAGCCGCUGCUGUGCGUUCUCCCCUGACGGGAAGGCCCUGGCCGUGGGGCUGAACGACGGCAGCUUCCUGGUGGUGAACGCAGACACGCUGGAGGACCUGGUCACCUUCCACCACCGCAAGGAGCUCAUCUCGGACAUCCGCUUCUCCCAAGACUCGGGGAAGUACCUGGCGGUGGCGUCCCACGACUCGUUCGUGGACAUCUACAACGUGCUGAGCAGCAAGAGGGUGGGCAUCUGUAAGGGCGCCUCGGGCUUCAUCACGCACAUCGACUGGGACGCCAGAGGUAAACUUCUGCAGGUGAACUCGGGAGCGAAGGAGCAGCUGUUCUUUGAGGCACCGCGGGGUCGGAAACAGAACAUCAACACUUCAGAGUUUGAGAAGGUGGACUGGGCCUCUUGGACCAGUGUCUUGGGUCCGACCUGCGAGGGCAUCUGGCCGGCGCUCAGUCUGGUCAACGCCUCCUGCCUCACUAAAGACCACCAGCUGCUGGCUACUGGGGACGACUUCGGCUUCAUCAAGCUCUUCAGCUACCCCUCUAGGGGGCAGUUUGCCAAGUUUAAAAAGUACGUGGGGCACAGCGCCAACGUGACCAACGUGCGGUGGACCAAUGACGACGCCCUGCUGCUGUCCGUGGGCGGAGCCGACACGGCCCUGAUGAUCUGGUCCCUGGAGGCGCCGGGUCACAAGGAGAGCAAGGCGGUGGACAGCGAGGAGUCGGACGACGACCCGGAGGAGGACGGAGGCUACGACAGUGACGUAGCUCAGGAGAAGUCCCUGGAUUACGUCACGAAGAUCUUCUCGGCUAGCAUAAGGAACAUGACGGGAACCAAACCCCACCUGCAGCACAGAGAUGUUCCUCUGGACGACAGGUACCGUGUGUGUAGACCCCCUGUCAGUAGGGCAGCUCCACUUCCAGAAAAGCUUCUAAAGAACAACGUGACAAAGAAGAAGAAAGUGGUGGAGGAGCUGGUGCUGGAGCAUGUGUUCGGCUACAGGGGCUUUGACUGCCGGAACAACCUUCACUACCUCAACGACGGGGCUGACAUCAUCUUCCACACCGCCGCCACCGUCAUCGUCCAGAACCUCUCCUCUGGAGUCCAGAGCUUCUACCUGGAGCACACUGAUGACAUCCUGUGUCUGACCAUCAACCAGCACCCCAAGUACCAGAACGUCAUCGCCACGGGACAGAUCGGUGACCUGAGUGAUCUGCCAGGGCUAGCUCCAUCCAUCCACGUGUGGGAUGCGAGAACCAAGCAGACCCUGUCCAUCCUGCGCUGUUGCCAUGGCAAAGGCGUGAGCUACGUCAACUUCAGCGCCACGGGGAAACUGCUGCUCUCUGUGGGGGUGGAGCCGGAGCAUACCAUCACCGUCUGGAGAUGGCAAGAAGGUACCAAGGUGACCAGCAGGGGGAGCCACAGCGAGCGGAUCUUUGUGGUGGAGUUCAGACCAGACUCAGACACUCAGUUCGUGUCGGUGGGCAUCAAACACAUCAAGUUCUGGACCCUGGUGGGCGGCUCCCUCAUGUACAAGAAGGGUGUGAUUGGCUCUGUGGAGGAGGGGCGUGUCCAGACCAUGCUGUCGGUGGCCUUUGGCGCGAACAACCUGACGUUCAGCGGCGCCAUCAACGGCGACGUGUACGUGUGGCGGGAGCACUUCCUGGUCCGCGUGGUGGCCAAGGCCCACAGCGGGCCCGUCUUCACCAUGUACACCACCCUGAGAGACGGGCUCAUCGUCACCGGGGGCAAGGAGAGACCGACCAAGGAGGGCGGGGCGGUGAAGCUGUGGGACCAGGAGAUGAAGCGCUGCCGAGCCUUCCAGCUGGAGACCGGUCAGCCAGUGGAGAACGUCCGCUCAGUCUGCAGAGGGAAGGGGAAGAUCCUGGUAGGUACUAAGGACGGGGAGAUCAUCGAGGUGGGGGAGAAGAACGCCGCGUCCAACACCAUGAUCAACGGCCACACCCAGGGCGCCAUCUGGGGCCUCAGCACACACCCUUACAAGGACGUCUUCCUGUCGGCCAGCGACGACGGAACCAUCCGCCUCUGGGACCUGGCGGACAGGAAGCUGCUCAACAAGGUGAGCCUGGGCCACCCGGCCAAGUGCUGCUGCUACAGUCCCAACGGGGAGAUGGUGUCCAUCGGCCUGGAGAACGGAGAGUUCAUCCUGCUGAUGGUCAGCUCCCUCAGCGUCUGGGGCAAGAAGAGGGACCGCAGCGCCUCCAUCCAGGACAUACGGUUCAGCCCAGACAACCGUCUGCUAGCGGUGGGCUCGAUGGAGAGCUCUGUGGACUUCUACGACCUGACUCUCGGCCCGUCACUCAACCGCAUCGGAUACUGCAAGGACAUACCGGGCUUCAUCCUCCAGAUGGACUUCUCUGCCGACAGCAAACACAUCCAGGUGUCCAGCAGCACUUACACGCGGCAGGUGCACCAGGUGCCUUCUGGGAAAGUGGAAACGGAGCCAGCGGUGGUCGAAAGGAUCACCUGGGCCACCUGGACCAGCGUUCUGGGAGACGAGGUUCUGGGUAUCUGGCCCAGGAAUGCUGAGAAGGCGGAUGUUAACUGCGUCAGCGUUUCCCACGCUGGUCUCAAUCUGGUGACCGGCGAUGACUUCGGACUCAUCAAACUCUUCGACUUCCCCUGUCCCGAGAAAUUUGUGAAACACAAGCGUUAUUUCGGACACUCAGCCCAUGUGACUAAUGUGCGUUUCUCUGCUGAUGACAAGUAUGUGGUCAGCGCUGGAGGGCGGGACUGUAGUUUAUUUGUGUGGAGGUGCCAGUGA